GGCGGGGCUUGUGCGUGCCCAGCCGCGAUGGCGGAGGAGCGCGCGUUCGCCGUAGUGACCUGCACGGCUCCCGUCAACAUCGCCGUCAUCAAAUACUGGGGCAAGCGGGACGAUGAUCUGAUCCUGCCCAUCAACUCCUCCCUGAGCGUGACGCUGCACCAGGACCAGUUGAAGACCACCACCACGGCCGCCGCCAGUCGGGACUUCGUGGAGGACCGACUGUGGCUGAAUGGGAAGGAGGCCGAUGUGGGGCACCCCCGGCUGCAAGCCUGCCUGCGGGAGGUGCGGCGCCUGGCCCGUAAGCGCCGGGGUGGCAGUGCUGAGGAUGCAGCCCCGCUCAACCUCUCCUACAAAAUCCACAUCGCCACUGAGAACAACUUCCCCACCGCUGCUGGCUUGGCAUCCUCCGCUGCUGGCUACGCCUGCCUGGUGUCAGCGCUGGCGCGGCUGUACGGCGUGGAGGGCGAACUGUCGGAGGUGGCACGGCGCGGCUCGGGCAGCGCCUGCCGCAGCAUGUUGGGGGGCUUUGUGCAGUGGCAGCGGGGUGAGCGGCCGGACGGCAGGGACAGCCUUGCCCACCAAGUGGCCCCCGAGACGCACUGGCCGGAGCUGAGGGUCCUCAUCCUAGUGGUCAGUGGUGAGAAGAAGCAGGUGGCCAGCACGGCAGGGAUGCAGACCAGCGUGGACACCAGCCCCUUGCUGAAGCAUCGAGCAGAGGUGGUGGUUCCGGAGCGUCUGGCCCUGAUGAUGCAGCACAUCCGUGAGCGGGACUUUGAGGGCUUUGGGCAGCUCACCAUGAAGGACAGCAACCAGUUCCAUGCCACCUGCCUCGACACCUUCCCUCCCAUCUUCUACCUCAAUGACAUCUCGCGGCACAUCAUCUCCCUGGCUCACCGCUUCAAUGCCCACCAUGGACGCACCAAGGUAGCCUACACCUUCGACGCCGGCCCCAAUGCUGUUAUCUUCACGUUGGCUGACACCGUGGCUGAGUUUGUGGAGGUGGUGAGGCGCAGCUUCCCCCCUGCCACCAACGGGGACCAGUUUGUGCGGGGGCUGCCUGUCGGCUCAGCCUCGCUGCCAGAGGAGCUGCUCACGGCCGUGGUCAUGGAGCCGGUGCCAGGGGCCAUCCAGUACAUCCUGCACACCAAGCCUGGCCCUGGCCCCCAGCCGGUGGAUGACGCCAGCCAACACCUCCUGGGAGCGGAUGGGCUGCCCCGCUGCCGUUCCUGAGCCCCGGUGACACCGCCAGGGAUGGCUGUGACAUGGCUGGGGGGGCUCUGUCCGUGCCAUGGAAGGAGCGUGGGAUGCUGAGUCCAGCCCAGUGCAAAGCCGUCCCCAGCCCCGAGUCUGGGGCUGGUUUUUACUCUUUUGUAAGGAAAUAGAGUCUUUUUCUUGCUGCAGCGCUGUUUUGGGGUGCAUGGGUUGUGUGGGUGGUGCUGCGGGGGACAUUGCUGAUCAAAAAGGUGGGGGCUAGAGACAGGGACAGUUCUUCCCAACAGCUGUACCUGGUCCUGCUGGGACUGAUCCUGUCUUGCACAGUCCCUGUCACUCCACCUGUCCCCUGUAUGUCCUUUGUGGGUCUGCCCCUGUUCCCCCAAUUGUCCCUACUGGAACUGAUAGUUAUAUGCCCCUUAUAUUGCCCCUUAUAUGGCCCCUGUCAACCCAUGUCCCUUGUGGAGCUGAUCCUGUUCCUAUCGUUCCAAGUUUUCUCUGCUGGGACUGAUCCUGUCCCAUUCCAUCCCUUGUGGGUCUGAUCCUGUCCUCUCACAGGGCCCCUGUCCCCCUUCGUCCCUUGCAGGACUGGUCCUGUCCCUCAUCCCCUAGUUGUGUCUGCUGGGACUGAUCCUGUCCCCUUAGCAAGAUCCUUCUCCCCUCAUAUGGUCCCUGUCCCCCACCACAUUCCCUGGAGGUGAUCCUGUCCUCCCGCACCAUCCUAAUCACCCCACAUAUCCCCUGUCCCCCCGAUGUCCCCGCACGGCCCUUGUGUCCCGAUGUGGCCGCGGGGGCGUGGCCUCGGAUAGAGGCUGUGAAUGAGAGGGG